CGCUGCCCCCGCUGCUGCAGGAGGGAGAAGGGUACUACUACCGCUCGCUGGGGGCGGAGGGGGGCCCCCCGGGGGCCCCCAGCUGUUUUUUCAAGGAGUUUGAGGCCCUGGGAAAAGACGUGCUGCUGCGGGAUUAUAUUCCGGAGGAAAGUUACUUUUCUUCAGUGCUGCGCGCCCUCGACUUCAGCGUCGCAGUCAACGUCUUCUGGAAGCAGCAGCAGCGGCAGCAGCAGCAGCAGCAACAGCAGCAGCAGCAGCAGCAGCAUCAAAGAGACCAAGCCGCAAACUGCGGCCCUAAGCGGCGUUUAGGCAGCUCGGCGGUUUCCAGCGCGCGCGUGCCGACGAGGGAGCUGCAGCAAAUCGAGGAGAAGAGCAGCAACAGUUUGUGGCCCCCCCGGGGGAGGCAGCUGGGGGGCCCCCCGGGGGGCCCCCUGGAGACGCUGCCGCUUAUUCAGGAGCUGCAGCAAAUCGAGGAGAAGAGCAGCAACAGUUUGUGGCGGGUGUCUCUUGCUGCUUGCGAUUUGGGGUUUGCUGCUGCUGCUGCUGCUGCUGCUGCUGCAGCAACGCCGGCAGCAGCAGCAGCAGCAGCAGCUGCUGCUGCUGCUGCUGCCGACUGCUCCGAAGAAGCCUUCGAGCCCUGGGCGCUCUCCAGCAGCUCCGAAGAUGAGCUGUUUGGGUGCAGCAGCAGCAGCAGCAGCAGCAGCAGCAAACAGCAGCCGCAGCAGCCACAGCAGCAACAGCAGCCACAGCAGCAGCAAGCGCAGCAGCAGCAGCAGCAGCAGCAGCAGCAGCAGCAAACUGUGGAGCCGUCCCUGCAUUGUCAGCCUCCGCGUCUUCAGAAGAGGAGGCGAAGAAAAGAAAAAAGAAAAAGAAAUAAAAAAAGAAAUUAA